CUGUGACCAAAGUCAUCAUAACAUCAUCCCUUUACUGACUCCCAACAGCUACCACUAAUUAUUAGAAGCAAAAACUAGCUGUCGAUACUCUAUCGAGUUUCGAGACGGAUUUGAGCCCCUGCUCACCAACCAUCGAAAUGUAUGCCACAUGUUCCUUGACCCUGCAGCAGACGGUGCUCGCUAUCUAUUACUGAACGACAUAGGAUCUCUGUUCUCGCAAAACAUCUCUCUUUCUGUCUCUCGGUCAAGUGGAAAGUUGAAAUGGAGGCUAGCAUUAAUCAUCAUCAAAUCCUUGCUUUCUUUAUACCGUUCCUACUUCUGUUGAGCGCUACGACGAUUUCCUCUGCUGCAAAGCUGGGGCAGACGUGCUUGGUGGAUGGGAACUGCGACGCGGGGCUGCACUGUGAGACCUGCGUAGCAGAUGGCGGAAUCCGGCCCCGUUGUACACGGAUUAGGCCGUAUGAUCCUAAAUUUAUGGGGACAGGGCUAGCCUUCAACAAGUAUGCGUGGCUGACGACGCAUAACUCAUUCGCGCGGCUUGGCCAGAAAUCGCGCACUGGAACCCCCAUCCUCACGGAAACCAACCAGCAGGACUACAUCACUGACCAGCUCCAAGUAUUCCCCCUCUCCCCCUCUCCAUUUUCUCUUAAAAAAAGUUCAUGUUUUUGGCCGCCGGGCAGCGAGCAGGCCAUGGCGCAUGGUUCGAACACAUUGGAUAUUGACGCAGGGCAACCAGCCAUUGACGUGCUCAAAGAAAUCCAAGCAUUCCUUGAAGCAAAUCCUUCAGAAGUCAUCACGAUAUUCAUUGAAGACUACGUCAAAACCCCUCAAGGCCUCAGUAAGGUCUUCACUUCCGCUGGCCUCAUAAAGUAUUGGUUUCCUGUAUCUCGUAUGCCAAAGAAUGGUGGUAACUGGCCGUUACUCAGUGACAUGAUUAACAAAAAUCAACGUUUGAUUGUCUUUACAUCAAAAUCAGCAAAAGAAGCUACUGAAGGCAUUGCAUAUGUGUGGAGAUAUGUAGUAGAAAAUCAAUAUGGAGAUGGUGGUAUGAAGGCAGGUUUUUGCCCAAAUCGAGCAGAGUCGUCGCCCAUGAAUGCCACAUCAAGAUCACUUGUUCUGAUGAACUAUUUCCCUGAUAUUCCUGAUCUUGUAGAAGCUUGUAAGGAGAAUUCAGCUCCUCUUAUUGACAUGCUAAACACUUGCCAUAAUUUUUCGGCAAACCGAUGGCCUAAUUUCAUAGCUGUGGAUUUCUAUAAGAGAAGUGAUUUAGGUGGAGCUUCUCAAGCUACAGAUGAGGCCAAUGGACAUUUAAUUUGUGGAUGCAAUGACAUUUCUUAUUGUCAGAGUAAUGCCUCAUUUGGCUCAUGUGGUGUGGCUCCAAAGGCAGUAAAUAUUCUUACUCAAGGAACUGGCGGGAAGACAAAAGCUAUUUCUUCAAUGGGUCAGAUGUCUUAUAAGGACAAAUUGCUAUGGAUGGCUGGAUCAGCCUUGGUCAUCCUAUUGGUCAACAUGCAGCCAUAAUAUCUCUGGUGGAAACAAAUAAUUGUACAAGAAAUGGAGUUUAAAAGCGAAAGAGCAAAUGAAGCCAAAUAACAAAAAAAUUGACCUGACGCCUAGACGCUAGAGACACUUAUGUAUCUAUUCAAUGAAUUUGGACGAAUUUUGAGAAGGUGCCUGAAGUGACUCUUGGUUAUUUUUAGAGCUUUAUAUAUAGGAAGCAUUUCUACACGUUUAAGAAGAGAGGAGGAGAGGAAAGUUGUUUUUGGGUAGGUUAGACCACUAUUGGGGUGGACGACCACCAUAGUGAGAGUGUGGUGAUUUUGAGUGUUUAUUGAUUCUUGUGAGUCUUAUGAAGUCAAGUUCAGUCAAGAAACUUUAGAGAAU